UUUCAAGGGCUGUCGAUUUUAAAAGUAAGAUAAUCGCAAGAAAUUGUCAAUCCCUUUAGACUGACAGCUUGAGGGGUGCAGCAAAAGCAGACAACCCCUACACAUUCCCCCAUCUGAACAUAGGGUUUCCAAAAUCACACUCAAACCUCAUCAUUUGUCUAACCUCCCUCCCCUCAUAUUCUCGAUUUCCCUGUUGCAAUCCCGCCACAUUUGGGGGCGACCGAUGGUAAUAAAAUCCGUGAGCACAUCGAGGGUGAAGCAACGUCGCGAGAGUUGGACCGGAUUGGGUCAUGUAUAGGACCAAUUUAAUCGGGUUCGGGCUGGCCGUGGGCUCGAGCGCGUUUAUUGGAUCGAGCUUCAUCAUCAAGAAGAAGGGCUUGCGAAGGGCAGGAGCCUCCGGCGCACGUGCCAAUUCGGGAGGUUAUGGAUAUCUGCUGGAGCCACUUUGGUGGGUUGGCAUGGUUGCUAUGGUAGUAGGGGAGUUUGCCAAUUUUGUAGCUUAUAUGUAUGCUCCUGCUGUCCUUGUGACACCGCUUGGGGCAUUAAGUAUAAUUGUAAGUGCAAUUCUAGCUCAUUUCUUGUUGAAGGAGAAACUACGGAAAUUAGGAGUAUUGGGCUGUGUUUUAUGCGUAGUGGGUUCUACUGUCAUCGUGCUUCAUGCGCCUGCUGAGCAUGACAUUAGCUCGGUAGAAGAAAUAUGGGCAUUAGCAACACAGCCAGCUUUUCUAUUGUACACGGCUUCAGCAGUGGCAUUCGUCUUGGUCCUUAUUUUGUAUUGCGAACCUCGCUUUGGGCAGACGAACAUAAUGGUUUAUCUAGGUGUAUGUUCAAUAAUUGGAUCCAUAACAGUUAUGAGCAUAAAAGCAGUGGGAAUCGCCAUAAAACUCACGUUGAUCGGUUACAGUCAGGUCUCUCAUUUCCAGUCGUGGGUAUUCGCAAUGGUGGCGGGAUCUUGUAUUAUAACACAAUUGAAUUACUUAAACAAGGCUCUGGACACCUUUAACACGGCUGUAGUUUCGCCGAUAUAUUAUGCCAUGUUCACGUCACUCACGAUUUUUGCCAGCGCCAUAAUGUUCAAGGAUUGGUCCGGCCAGAGCGCCAGCAACAUCGUCUCAGUUCUCUGUGGAUUUAUUACAGUCCUCUCCGGUACAAUGGUUUUGCACGGCACCAGAGAUCCCGAGAAACUUCCACCUGCUGACUAUACUGCGAUUACUCCCCAAAUAUCGUGGAUUGUCCGUGGGAACGGUGAGAUAUGGAAACAAAAUGAGAACGAUGACGAAUUACAUUCAGAAUUCAUUGCAAUUAUCCGGCAAGAUCAUUUUAAGUAAUUUCAGUAGGUCUUCCAGUUUGUUCUUUUUGCACGAGCAAUACGGCGAUAGUUGGUGUAAAUUUCCUGCUGCAGAUACUCAUAAAUUCUUUCGACCAGUCUCAUGUUUGCUGCUGUUUCCGAUAUUGAACAUUAUUCUUCUUACAUCCGGGCUGCAUAUAUAUAUUGUUACAUGUUACCGAUAGCCAGUCGGUUGGCUCGACUGUGCUCCCAAGUGGUGUGCUGUAUUUGUAAUUCUCGGCUUUUUUGCUAGAAAUGAAAUAGAUAUGUAUUGUUUGAGUAUUUUUACAU